CGGAAGGACGGACAAGGAUUCGAGAAAGGAUAACCGCGUUCUACCAGGUAGCGAUACUAUUAGGAAGUAAACAACCGAAAGAAGAUAAAGAAAAAGUUAUUCCACUUUCGGACAGUUCGAAGUUUACUCUGUGGUUCAAGUGGUUAUUAAGAGCUGUGGAGUUGAAUUGAAAAUUCGAGUGUUGAACUUUAUUUUGAAAUCAAAGUGUGUGGAUAUUUGUGUCAGAUGAUUGGACUUUUUUCGAUAAGCUGUCCAGUAGCAGGAAUUCCAUAAAUUUCGAUAGAGAUCCAACCAACCUGAAUCAAAGAUUUAAAUUGUUGGCUGGCGCCGUUCUUCUCAAGAAGAUUCAGCAAGAAGGAAGGAUCCUUUAGAUACUAAUUUUCAACUUCCAAUCAUUUCAACCAAGGAAAAGGAGAAAAGGAUAUUUUUAGCGUUGUCACACGUAUAACGAUGGGUUCAGGUAUCUCCGCCUGAACAUCCAGAGGAGGCGUUUUCCGGCAACUUAUAGUAGAAAACCUCCAGGAAUUUAAUAUCCGACCUAUGGAGAGAUGCGACAAGUGCCACAGCUAAUUUCUUACCCGCAACGCCAAGUCCCGUGUGCAAGGCAACCGAGGCCAUCAUCUUGGCCCCUACUUCAAAGCCCGACAAAAUAUGUCUAAAUUAAAAUCAAUGAAGCCAUCAGAUUUCACGAGAGACUAAGCAAUAAUCGACAAGGACAAAGAUCCCGUCGGUAAAUCUCAUUUGUAACUGUGAUAUUUGGGAAGGCGAAACCAUCAGAUCGAUAAUGAAGGAGCGCAGGAGAAGACACUAGUCUUAAAGAACCUUCAUUGGCGUCAGACCAAAGCCAUUCCCUUUAAAAUGUCCUCAUGAAUGUAAUGGUAGCAACUUUUCGGAUGGCUGCCAAUAACAGUUCGAACGAAUCCGUGGUCAAUAUCUCUGUUUAUGGAUACAUCGAUGAAGGGUCUGGGUACACCCAAACUGAGACGAUCCUGGUCACAUUGAUCAUGAGCAUCAUAAUGCUAGGAACUAUAGUCGGUAACAUACUAGUGUGCGUAGCCGUGUGUCUUGUACGAAAACUUAGACGUCCUUGCAACUACCUGCUAGUGAGUUUGGCUGUCAGUGACUUAUGCGUCGCCAUCUUGGUGAUGCCGAUGGCCAUGAUCUACGAGAUCAAAGGCAAAUGGUUGUUCGGGGAGAUAGUGUGCAACCUCUGGGUGAGUUUCGACGUGCUAAGUUGCACGGCUUCCAUCCUCAACCUGUGCAUGAUCAGUGUCGACAGAUAUUACGCGAUAACAAAACCCCUAGAGUACGGCGUGAAAAGGACUCCGAGAAGGAUGAUACUCUGGGUCAUCUUGGUGUGGUUCUUCGCCGCCUGUAUAUCAUUGCCCCCCCUCCUGAUUAUCGGUAACGAACACUCAGAAACCGACGAAGACGGCCAUCAGAACAAUUUGGUGUGUUUGGUGUCGCAAGAUGUAGGCUAUCAAAUUUACGCGACACUGUGUAGCUUUUAUAUACCUCUAACUGUGAUGAUGCUUGUUUACUAUAAGAUAUUCCGAGCUGCCAGGAAGAUUGUGAUGGAAGAGAAGAGGGCUCAGAGUCACUUGGAGACCCACUGCUACUUCGAGGUUAAUGUUAAGAAUGGAGGAGGUCCGCCUGAGCACCGAAUUUCUAGUCAAAACCCCUCGCCUGCAAUCAAGGUUAAUCACAGGUCCAGUACUGCCAGUACCAAUACUAUGUGUAGCCUGGACAAAACAGCACUGGGCCGAUGCUUCAAAUCUCGCCCAAGCAACGAGUCCCAAUGCCCCAUGCUCACGGCCAAAUUGCCCUUCAAAACCCCCACCAAGCCCACCAAACAAGCCAGAACAAGUCUACUCACAUCCAUGAAGACAUCACCUAGCACGCACUCCCACCAGAAGAAGCUCCGAUUUCAGCUUGCCAAGGAACGCAAAGCUAGCACAACACUCGGUAUAAUAAUGAGCGCGUUCACCUUCUGCUGGCUACCCUUUUUCGUGUUAGCAUUAGUGCGUCCUUUCUUGGAGACGACCAACACCCUGAAGACUGUAGGCAGUGUUUUCCUGUGGCUCGGCUACUCGAACAGCCUGUUCAACCCGGUUAUAUACGCGACCCUUAACCGGGAUUUCAGGAAACCCUUCCAGGCAAUCCUGUACUUCAGAUGCGGCAGUUUGAACAACAUGAUGAGGGAGGAAUUUUACCACAGUCAAUACGGUGGUCCAGAUCAACAAUUCAAUAGGUGCCACAUCGACUACGACGAAGGUGUUGAAUACAUAGAGGCUGAGGGUGAGGAGAUCAAAGCCCCCGAAGUGAAUACAGCUCACGAGUCUUUUCUAUGAUUUCCCACAUUAACUGAAGCCGUAGAUGACUCAUCCGCAUGACUGCGUUUAUGCGUAACCCUCUCUAUGUUCCUUGGCAUUGAUUCGAUCUGGAGAUAUUCAAGAUCAGACGAUGUUCGAUGCGCGCGACGUGACUGACAGUUUUAUGGAAUUGGUCCUUUUAUACUUCUCAUGACUUGUCUUUAUGUGUUAGGAUUCUUCUGUAAAACGCAAUAAACUAUGAUAUUUCAGUACCUAACAUCUUAAAUGACAUUUAUAUUUUUCCAUUCUCAAAUGCUGUACUUCCACUUCAAUGUAGAUGGAUUAAACAGUAAAUACAAUUUAAAAGAAAA